GGCGUAACAUGUGGCUCGUGCGGUAGGAUAUGUCGGCUUUCCCCACCACUCUGUUAAAAGCUAAGGAAGUUCGUCGUUACUAGUGCCGCUGUCGAUACACUCAAUUAUGCCAAAUCUGGCCACACUGUAUCAACUCGAUACUCGAUAUUACGGUACCACAUGGUAACGGAGGUAAAAUGGCGUUGCCUGUACCUUGUGUCGCUGUGAGAGGUUCCAUUGGGGUCAGUUUAGGACAAGGCCCACCAUCGUACGAACCGGUUAAAACAUUUCCUAAAGAUGACAGCAAAACAUGUAAAGCGAUGGUUUUCAGUCCAGAGGGAAGUUUUUUUGCAUGGGUAAAUGGGAUUUCUACCAAGGUUUUACAAUGUGAUACAUGGAAAGUUACCACAGAAAUCAAGAGGCCCAAAAUUUCUUCAAUUCAGUUCUCCACUCGAGGCACAUAUUUUAUGACAUGGGAACCAUUCAUUGUGACACAAUCUAAUCCUCAAGGAUCACCAAAUCUUCACAUAUGGAAGUCUGAGAAUGGAGAACUAGUGAAUAGUUUAAUACAGAAGAAACAAUUAGAUUGGAUGCCUCAGUGGUCAAGCGACGAGAAACUCUGUGGGAUAUUAAUUGGCGCGGAAGUUAUUCUAUACGAGGAUGUCAAUUUUUCAAAAAUUGCUCACAAAAUAAACGUAGCCAAAGUUGCUACUUUUAGUAUAUCGCCCAGUAAUACUCCAUAUCAUAUUCUCUGUUACAUGCCGGGAAAAUCUGGUCAACCUUCAUUUGGCAGACUAUUCCAAUAUCCAAAAUUCGAAUCCACACAGUCUUUGGCAAAUAAAAGUUUUUUCCAGGCAGACAGAGUGAAUAUGUACUGGAAUAAUGUUGGAACGAGUGCUUUAUUAAUGACGUGUUUAGAGGUUGACAAAACGGGCGCUUCGUAUUAUGGAAAACAGACUUUGCAUUAUCUUAAUACAAAAGGAGAAACUGCUAUGGUUAUGUUCAGUAAGGAAGGUCCCAUACAUGCAGUGGAGUGGUCACCAAAAAAUACUGAAUUCUGUGUUAUAUACGGUUUCAUGCCAGCCAAAGCCACAUUAUUUAAUCUUAAGUGUGAAUCGAUAUUUGAAUUUGGAGUACUACAUCGAAAUAGUAUUUACUACAAUCCACAAGGAAAUAUUCUGAUAUUGACUGGGUUUGGCAAUCUCCGCGGUGGAAUCGAACUGUGGGAUGUUGGUAAGAGAAAAUUAAUUGCUAAAACCGAUGCACCCGAUACUACGCUUCUUCAAUGGUCUCCGGAUGGAGAACACUUCAUGACUGCAACUACAGCGCCCAGACUUCGAAUGGGUAAUGGAUUUAAGAUUUGGCACUACACGGGAACAUUAUUAUACGAACGUCCAUGGAAUGAACAAGAAGCACUUUGGGAAGUACUUUGGCAAACGUUCCCACCAAAUACAUUCCCGGAGAAAGCGAUCAGCUAUAAAGCUGUCGAGGGUAUCGCUCCUAGCCAGCCACAAGCAUCGAAGCAAGUGUAUCGACCACCUUCUGCAAGAGGGAAAACUAUAUGUUUUAAAUUACACGAUGACGAAGAAUUCGGAAUUAAAAAAGGGACAGACGCUAAAGGCACAGCGAAAACAAAGAAAAAGACGAAGAAAGUUAAGAAGGAAUCUGAAGCUUCCGCGUCUUCUCAGUCGCAUUAUAACAAUCCAAAUACAAAUGGCCAAGUCACUACAAGCACAAAAAGUCAAAGUUUAACUACCGCAAAUGUUCCUGAAUGUGACGAAUUGGAGAGGAGUAAAAAAAUUAAAAGGAUCAAAGUUAAAUUAGAGCAGAUUUCAAAAUUGAAGGAACAAUUAGAAGCAGGCAAACAAUUAGAAAUCAAUCAAAUGGACAAGAUCAAGAAAGAAGCUGAUUUAGUAAAGGAACUCGAAGAGCUUGCUUUAUGAUGAACAUUUCAAAUUGCGGAUGUAUACAAUUAACAAAAAAGGA